GCGCAACACCUGAUGCCCCUCCAGCCUCCCCUAGUCCCCGAGCUGAGCCACAUGCGGGAAGCCCAACUCCACACGGCGGAGGCCUCCCUCUGGAGCGUGGUGGCCACCGUCCAGGCCAUGGAGAGGAAGAUCGACUUGCUGGCCACCCGCCUGCUCAGCUUGGAGGGCCGGUCCGGGACGGCCGAGAAGAAGCUGCUGGACUGCGAGAAGACGGCCAUGGAGUUCGGGAACCAGCUGGAGAGCAAGUGGGCCGUCCUGGGGACCCUGAUCCAGGAAUACGGGAUGCUCCAGAGGAGGCUGGAGAACAUGGAGAACCUGCUCAAGAACCGGAACUUCUGGGUCCUCCGGCUGCCCCCGGGCUCCAAGGGGGAAAUCCCCAAGAUGCCGGUGACCUUUGUCGACAUCGCUGUGUAUUUCUCCGCUGAAGAGUGGAAGAACUUGGCCGAGUGGCAGAAAGACCUCUACAGUAACCUCGUGAAGGAGAACUACGAAUCUUUGCUCAGCCAAGGAGCAGACAUCAACAUUUCAAAGCCCGAGCCGCCGCCGAGGAUCGGACGGAGCGCGGAGCCAUGCGUCCCCGAGCAGCCGAACUCCAAGGAGCGGGAGGUAGCCGCGGAUCCCUGCACAGAACCCUUGAUGUCAACGCCGGACAUCUUGUCCCGGAUAAAGCAAGAAGAGCCUUUCGCUGGGGGAGGGCACUUCCCGGAGGAGAGAGGCAUCCCUACGGAUCCUUGCGCAGGUGCCGAGGCGCUCAUGUCCGCCCACGACUUCCUGUCCUGGAUUAAACAAGAGGAAGAGCCGUGCGUCAGGGCCCACUGGGAGCCGGCGGAGAGAGACAUGAUGAGCGGCCCAGGACCAGCCGGUGACGGGAUGGCGGUCAAAGCGGAGGAACGGCGCCAGGGCCCGGAAGAACCAGCCCGGUCUGGGGAGCCGCUGUUCCAGGGGGAGCCGCCGGCCGCUGCCGCCCCGGGGGAAUCCUACGGGGGGCCGUGCGGCCAGGUCCCGCCGCCCCUGAGCCCGGCCAGGAGCAGGGCGGGCAAAUCCCUCGAGUUAGACAGCGAGCUGCAGAGCAUCUUCGGCCCCCAGGGCCCCGCCGAGAGGCCGCACGGCUGCAGCGAGUGCGGGAAGAUGUUCGGGGUGAAGAAGAGCCUCAAAGUCCACCAGAGGAGCCACCACGGCCAGGAGCGCCCCUACGAGUGCACCGAGUGCCGGAAGAGCUUCAACUGCCACUCGGGGCUGGUGCGGCACCAGAUGACCCACCGGGGCGAGCGCCCCUACAAGUGCGAGGAGUGCGGGAAGUGCUACAGCCGCAAGGAACACCUGCAGAACCACCAGCGCCUGCACACGGGGGAGCGCCCCUUCCAGUGCCCCGUCUGCGGCAAGCGUUUCAUCCGCAAACAGAACCUGCUCAAGCACCAGCGGAUCCACACGGGGGAGCGGCCCUACCAGUGUGCCGAGUGCGGGCGCAGCUUCCGCUACAAGGAGUCCCUCAAAGACCACUUGAGGACUCACAGCACGGAGGCGGGGGGCCCUGCCCAACGACUCCUGCCCCCCCUGGCCGGGGACCCGCUCCCGUGAUGCCCGCGGGACAGAGGGAAACGGAACCGUUCCGGCUUGGGCCGAAGGUUUCCUGUCUCCGUUCUCUCUGUCGCCCCCCCUUCUUGGGCCGAGUCCGGUGCUCCAAACCCGCCCGAUGUUUGGGGGGGGACGGGGACCACCGCGAAGACUGUUGGAGGCGGAAGGGGGGUGUUUUCACGAGGCUGUGACUUGAGCGGAAAGUCGAGGCGGGCACUGCCAAGGCGGGGAGGCCCGUCUCGCCGUACCAAAUACAUACUGCUGGGGGGAGCGUCGAGAGCAGAUUGCCCCCUCCGUCACAGCCCCCCUAGGAAAACGAACUCACAGGGGACUGGAGCGCUUGGCCGUUCUCGCCGCUGCAAGCUGUCAUUGCCCGGCCCGGGGUGAACAUUUGAGCAUCUCGCUGUUUGACUCCAGAGAGCUUCUAAUCCUCGCGGAAGGGCCAAAAACAUGGCGGUGGCGCCUGCCCCCAAAGGCGCGGAGACCAAAUCCCAGACCCGCCCGCCCCAUGUUUGCGAUCCAGUCCAUUCCCUGGUGGUUUCCAGAGGAUCGAUCGCGGUUUUAGCGGGAUGUACCUUGAUCGCGUUGGGGUGGAACGGUUAAAAACGGCUGUCCUUUUGGCUUUCCGCACACUCAAACCAGACCAUUUCCUGCCCUCCCUGGGUGGAGUAGCUGACCUCACACUCCAGGGGGCGCCUCUCUGCCUUGGCCUUUGGCCUCAUCCCGCCGUCCCUGCCUUCAUUCCCGGCCUCUGAACACUUCGACUGCACGCACCUCCUGCUCUCUUUCCUCCCCCGCGCCUCGCCAUGCCCCCCCCCGCUCCCUGCAAAUAUAUUUAUUCUUCUUUUUCUGCCCCCCCUCCACCUUUUUCCCGUGCUGCAGCAGUUAUUUUAACAUUCUUUUAAAGCUCAUGACGAUACAGUCCGGCUCUGUUUAAAAAGGAAAAAAAAAAGUUAUUUCCAGGUGUAGUUUUGUAUGCGGGGUGCGACGGGAAUAAAG